ACGGCGGGAAGGGCGGAGGGAGGCGCGGCGCUGAGGCGAGGCGAUCCCAGCCCAGCCCGGCCGUGCCGCCUCCCUCCCUCCCUACCUACCCACCCGGACAACACAACCAUGCAUGUGCUGUGCUCGGCGAUGAAAGCUCAAAUUGAAAUCAUCCCAUGCAAGAUCUGUGGAGAUAAAUCAUCAGGAAUCCAUUACGGAGUCAUCACCUGCGAAGGCUGCAAGGGGUUCUUCCGGAGAAGCCAGCAGAGCAAUGCCACCUACUCGUGCCCGCGGCAGAAGAACUGUCUGAUUGACCGAACAAGCCGCAAUCGGUGCCAGCACUGUCGCUUACAGAAGUGUCUGACGGUGGGGAUGUCUCGCGAUGCUGUCAAGUUUGGCCGCAUGAGCAAGAAGCAGAGGGACAGCCUGUACGCAGAGGUGCAGAAGCAUCGGCUGCAGCAACAGCAGCAGCAGCAGAGGGACCAGCCGCAGCCUCCCGGCGAGGCAGAGCCCCUCACCCCACCUUACAGCGGCCUGGCAGAACUCAACAACGACCUCAGCAACCUGUACGUGGACGGGCAGGCAGCCGAGGUGGGCAAGGCAGAGCCGGCCAUGAACAACCUCUACCUGGACAUUCAGCCCUCUCCUGACCAGUCCGGUCUAGACAUCAACGGCAUUAAGCAGGAACCCAUUUGUGAAUAUGCAACAGGACCAGACUUCUUCCCCUACUGUUCCUUUGCAGAUGGGGAAACCUCUCCGACUGCCUCGAUGGCAGAGCUAGAGCACCUUGCACAGAACAUUGCCAAGUCCCACAUUGAGACCUGCCAAUACCUCCAGGAGGAGCUCCAGCAACUGAUGUGGCAAACAUACGUGCGGGAGGAGCUGGAGAUUUAUCUGAACAAGCCCAGGGAGGUGAUGUGGCAGUUGUGUGCUAUCAAGAUCACAGAGGCGAUUCAAUAUGUGGUGGAGUUUGCCAAACGCAUUGAUGGAUUCAUGGAACUGUGUCAAAACGAUCAGAUCGUACUUCUGAAAGCAGGUUCUUUAGAAGUUGUGUUCGUCCGAAUGUGUCGAGCUUUCGACUGCCAGAACAACACCGUGUAUUUUGACGGGAAGUUUGCCGGCCCAGAUGUCUUCAAAUCACUGGGUUGUGAUGACUUGAUCAACUCCAUCUUUGAAACUGGCAAAAGUCUGUGUGCGCUGCACUUGGUGGAGGAUGAGAUUGCCUUGUUUUCUGCUUACGUGUUAAUCUCGGCUGACCGCCUGUGGCUGCAGGAGAAGCUCAAAGUGGAGAAGCUGCAGCAGAGGAUCCAGCUGGCACUUCAACACCUACUGCAGAAGCACCACCGAGAGGAUGGCGUUCUCACCAAGCUCCUAUCUAAAGUGACUACAUUACGAGCACUGUGCAAUCGACACACGGAGAAGCUCUCCUCAUUUAAAGCAACACACCCCGACAUCGUGCGCGUGCACUUCCCACCGCUGUACAAGGAGCUGUUCGGCUCCGAGUUUGAGCAGAUGAUGCCAGCAGAAGGUUAACGAUUGGCACCAGCGCACACCGAUGCCAGGACAUCCUGCCACGGGUGAAGUGAGAGGACACUGGCUCCAUGCCCCAGCCACGCGCACAAGCCCAGGAGAUCAAAGAGGUGGCACGGUCCUGGCAGGGAACAUUGGGGCGGGGUAUUAACAUUAGUUUCCUAGUGAAAGUUGAACCUGUUUUCUCAUGCAUUUAGUUUGUGUAGAGCACAGUGUACAGUGACAUUAUAAUGCUGAGAAGCUUAUUUAGAGCCAAUCUUUUACAGGGUAUAUUGAGUAAAUACAUUGAAUAUAGCAUUUAAUAUCAGUAUAUCAUUUUAACCUUGAUGUGCUGUGAGAUGAUAUAUGAAUCUAUAUUUUAAGCACCUUUUCGCAAUUUGUACAUGAUAUGUUGGUAUUUAUUAACUCUGUUAGAGGACAUGCACAAGAAAUGUUAUUGUGGAGUGUACAGGAGGAGUUGGGAGUUUCAGAUGCUGCUGUUUAAGUUGAUGCUUGUGUGUUGUAGGAAUGCCCACACAAUUAGUUUGGUUUACAAAACGCACUCCACUUUCCAUUGUCUGUGUGGCUGGUUAGUGUGCAAUUGAUUUGGUUCCAGAAUAGUACAGUGAAAGGAGGUGGAAGCAAAUAAUUUAUUAAAUACAAAGGCUUGUCUGGACCACUUAAGAAAGAGUUCUAUUUUUAUAACCCUCGUACAAAUAUUAGGAAGCACUUAAAAUAUUCCUGCAAUAAAAGAGAUGUGAUUUGUGUAAGAUUUUGUUUUGUAAGGCAAGACAAUAAUGGAAAGAAUUGUUAUUUUCUAAAGGCUUGGUAAUAUUUUCUUCUGAGACCAUGUCUGAUUCUGUCUUGUGAGACAUUUUUCAUCUGAUGUUUAUAUGUUUUCCGGCAAAUGUCCUUGAAAUGGAGGUUUCCUCGUGGAACAACAUUCCAAAAAUGUGUGAGUAUGUCGAAUAGUCCAAAGCACACGUCUGAUUUUGGGUGGGGAGUGUGGGUGGGUAAGGUUAGAUGUGGGUGUACAUUGGUGGAUGGCAGCGAGAAUGCAUGGGUGUGUGCAGGAGGGGAUGUAUGGGUCUGUGUGGGGCUGUACGGGUGACAGAAUCGGUGUACCUUUGGAGGCGAGUGCGAAGAUAUGUGGGUGUACAUGGAUGUGUGUUUGUGGGAGUGUGCUCACUUGUGGUGAGUCUGGGUCACUGUUGCUUUUUGCACGCCUCAUUCCUCCGUAGUGCAAUAUGUAAAAGGGCACUGACUGGUGCAUAUUUAACCCCUCAGGGAAGUAAACGGUGUGUUUAUGCAGUCACUUCUUGUGCUAAGGGCUGUCGUCUGGAUUAUUUAUGUGUGUGUCCGUGUGUGAGGCAGUCCCGGAAUUAGUCUGGCUCGAGGAUCACUCGGGAUGAUCGGAACUUUGCACUUAGGCCAGUGUUUGUUUGAAAUGCAGUUACCAUUGAUACACUGGCUGGUAUUGUUGUUACUGUGGUCUGUUACUAUCAGUACACAUGGCUGGCAUUGUUACUGGGGUGUGUUACCAUUGGUACGCAUGGCUGCCACUGUUGUUACUGUGUCGGAAGGAACUGCAGAUGCUGGUUUAUACCAAAGAUGGACACAAAACACUGGAGUAACUCAGCGGGCCAGGCAGCAUCUCUGGAAAAAAAGAAUAGGUGACGUUUGGGGUCGGAACCCUUCUAUGGACCCCCCUUGCCACCAUGCACUGGCACCAGCAGGACCUCCCUCUCCCACAGCUCCGUAUAUUGUUUGCUCUUUCACAAAUCUGUCCAACCUGAUCUUGGCUUUGGUGUAUUAUUGUCAUAUACACCAGAGUCUAGGACGAGAGAUCAUGGCCUCAGAAUUAAAGGACAUUCUUUUAGGAAGGAGAU